UGAGGGGACGUUUCCUUAGCGCAUUUACGGCUAGCUGGGUCAAACGUUUAACAGCAAUCCAUCAGAUUGCUGUGUUCGUCAGUAGGAUCAUCUUCAUAUGAAAUCAUUAUGAUCACUUCUGGAAGUUUUCUAUUUUUUUUUUCCGCUGUGAGCAUCAAAGGUUCUCUUUUCCACGUCUCCUUUCUCUCUCUUUGCAAUUCCUUUCCUAUUCGAGAUUUCUUGGCGCUUCGAUUUCAAUGCUCACUGCGACUCUCUUGUACUUGGAUCGUCAAAAGACUCCAUAACAAUUUUCCGGGUAAGGAUGUCCUCGGACCCCCUAUGGGACUGCUUUCGGCGUUCCCUAUCUCGAACCCCUUCACUAAAAUCCUGUAUCCGCCCCAGAUAGGGGUUCCUUGGAUCUCUGAUUUAACCUGUCAGGUAGGCGGGAAUACUUGACAUCACUGGCUGUUCAGUUGGGCCACUGGAAUUUGAUAUCGUAUGGCGGGAAUUUGAGCAAGUUGGCUGGAAAGCGUCCAGGGACAAUCCCGUCUUUGUAAUAUGAUAAUGAAGCAAGGCUGAUUACUACGUAGUGGGCUUUAACGGAUCAUGUACAAUGCAUGACACGAUAGAGUCCAACCUGAAAGCCAAGAAUUGCAACCGUGGACAGCUGUUUGUUGCCACUGACUGUACUGACGAGACCCAUGCCAACCAGGUCGAAACAGCAGUCCACUGUUGCAAUUCUUGUCGUUCUUGGCUUGGCUUUGAACUCUGUCAUGUAGUUGCCCCGUUAAGCUUUCUACGUAGUAAUCAGCCUUGGUUCAUUGUUAUGUUUCUAUUCUUGGCUGAUCAGAUCUGCUAUAGAUCCUGUGUAUACCGGCAGCAUUUUCAUUUACGGUUCUUACAUCAUCAGUAUAUCAUUGUGGGUAAAAAAAGAAAGGUCUUCAAAAAGCUUUUGUUGUGUUAGCAUUUCAGAACCAAACUUCAGGACACAAAUGAUCUCAUUAUUCUCAUAAAUGCCCGGGGACUGCCCGCGGGGUUGCCCGCAGGAGCAGCACUUUUUAUGGCAUUUGUCACGUGAUCAUUUUGAGGAACCUGGGGGCGAGAUGCCGAAAAAAGAAACAAUACCCCGGAACAGCGCCAUUGCCAUAUGGCCGCCAUUUUUUUGUCGUGGUUUUCACAUCCUUGAAGGUAAUUUAAAUCUUCUCCUCCAUUUCCUGACUGUAGAUGUGGUACCUGGCAUUAGAGCUUGGAACCCUCGCUUCUUUAUAUGCGAAAAAAGAGCACCAAUGUAAAGUCUGAAUCUUGAGAACCUCUUGAAAUCUGCUUCGCUUGCAUUUUCAUCAUGGGAGAUAUCAUUGUUGACACUUUCCACUACGAAGCUCACAGCCUACCGAACGAGGCUUUUGACGUUUUGAUUCAGUUCUUCCGAGAGCAGAAGCUUUGCGAUGUGAUUAUCCAAGCCGGAGAGCGAAAGGUGAAGUGCCAUCGUGUUGUUUUGUCUUCAUGCAGUGCAUAUUUUCGUGGCAUGUUUACGAAUGAAAUGAUGGAGAGUUCUCAAGACACAAUCGUAAUCCAGGGACUGUCUGAAGAGGCGGUCAUUCAGUUGAUUAACUUUAUGUACACGCGAAAAAUAACAAUCAGUAUUGACAAUAUUGAGGCUCUUUUGACCGCUGCAGCCGUAUUUCAACUUGAUUUGGUUGUCCACGCUUGUUGCGAGUUUAUGAAGCGACAUCUUCACCCAUCAAACUGUUUGGAAAUGAGAGCUUAUGCAGAGCUUCACGGCUGCGUGGACUUUAUUGAAGCAGCCGACUCUUACUCAAGGAGUUGUUUCUUGAGUCUUAUGAACACAGAGGCCCUUCUUAAAACGUCUUUCAGACACUUUCUCUCCAUUAUUUCUGGAGAUGAUCUUUACGUCAAACGGGAGGAGCAAGUUUUCGAAUCCAUCACUGCUUGGGUACGGUACGACUUGAUGUCACGGGAACAAUUUCUGCCAGACUUGAUGACUCAUGUACGACUACCCUUGAUUGCAACUGAGUACCUCAUACAACGCGUUGAACGAGACAGUGCCAUUAGAAGCAAUGUUGCUUGUCGAGAUUUGGUUGAUGAAGCCAAGAACGUCAAGCUUUUUCCUUCUUUAGUGAAAGCAAACAUCAGAACUCAACCACGCAAAUCGACAUCUGGGGCUUUGUUUUCUGUUGGUGGCCGUGGGAAGUCAGGCGAUCCUCUCCAAUGUAUCGAAUGCUAUGACUGGUUUCACAAUUGCUGGUUCCAGGUAGCAGAAGUCUCCACCCCACGACGUCAUGUUGCUGUGGCUUCAGUAGCAGAGAAAGUUUAUGCAAUUGGCGGUCAUGAUGGCUCUCAUCACCUUAACACUGUGGAAUGUUUUGAUCCUGAAAUUAACCAGUGGAAGGAAGUCGCAUCCAUGGAAAUUUCACGGCGUGGAAUGUCAGCUGGUGUCUUGGAAGGAGUGAUUUAUGUUGCUGGAGGGUUAGAUGAAGCCACCUGCUUUGAUACUGUCGAAAGAUAUGACCCAGAGAGUGAUUCCUGGAGUACAGUUGCUCCUAUGCUGAUGCCCCGAGGGGGCGUGGGUGUAGCAGGCCUGGGAGGUUACCUUUACGCCGUGGGUGGCAAUGAUGGUGCAGCAUCUCUUCAGAGUGUAGAGAGGUACAAUCCUCACACUAACAAGUGGAGUCGAGUAGCACCCAUGAACCGCAGAAGAGCAGGUGUUGGUGUUGCAGUAGGAGGAGAAUUCCUCUUUGCCAUUGGUGGAUUUGAUGAUUCCUCACCAUUGGAUUCUGUUGAGAAAUAUGAUCCUCGUACCAACCAAUGGACCUAUGUAGCAAACAUGACAACCUGUAGGGGAGGGGUGGGUGCUGGUGCUAUGGGAGGACGCCUGUGGGCAGUUGGAGGCCAUAACGGGGAACAAUAUCUAAACUCAGUUGAGUCCUACAACCUUUUGGCUGAUCGUUGGGAGGGAAGUGCUCCUAUGCAUGUGUUUCGUGCAGGAUCUGGGGUGGUGGGAAGUUUUUGUGAUGUUGAAGCUCUAAGAAAUGUACAAGAUUCAUCUACUCACAGAAUCAAGGAAGAGGUUUGAGCAAAUUCACAAAUGAUAGAUGUAUAGAUAGUACCAGGUUCUGAAAAGAGUGGAGUGAAUUUUAAAUGACUUGUCGAAAUCGCCUCGAGUCUGUGAAUCACAGAAUUUUAAAGAAACAGGGUUUCACAAGCCUGUAAAGUCUUAAAGGGAAUCUGGCUAAAAAAGAAAAUGUCCUGUAGACUCCCAUAUUUAGAUUGCUGACCACACAGUGUGACGACUCAGUGAUGUCACUUAUUAGCAUAAAUAAACUGUGACAAAUAUACAGACACACUGAAGCUCGAACUACGUUUCCAGCCAAGAUUCCCUUUAAAAAAACUUUUACUUUUUGCUACAUGUACCAUGAUAGUGCCCCACUUAUGCAUUCAUAGAUGUACGUAUAUUAAGUUGUCUCACCGAGUUGAACAAUAGUUUAGGUUUGUAACAUGACCUGCAAGUGUGUGAUUUGUGCACAUUUGCCUCUGCUUAAUGUUGACCAAUCCACACUCACUGGUUGCCAAAACCACUCUAGAAAUCCUAGAGCUAAAGGAGGUUCUCAUUGUAGCUUCUCUAAAAUCCCACAGUUGCAAAUGAUUCUGCCAUGGUACAAGAAGCCUGUGAUACACAUAGUGAUACACAUUUCUCUUAAAACGAAUCUUCGUCCCAGUUCCUCACAUUUUAGUACAAACUGCUAUAAAUUAGUAAAUAACUUCACGUGAUCAAAUUUGCCAUUUCAAUUCACAGCAAGACAGUUUGCAAGCAGUUUAUUUUUGGAAAGAAUGAAACCAUUUCCUUGUGUUAUUUUGUUAGUUAGUGGUACAAUGUACAAAGUAGUUUUCAUAUUCAUAUGUCCAUAUUUUUAUCAUGUCAUUACUUUCACUUUGAUGCAGAACCAUAGAUACAUUAUUUUCAUUCUUUAGAAACUAGAAUAUUCAGUUUCUGUUGUAUUUUCACAUUCUUAUGCGUAGGAAUAUUCUUCAGUGUACUGAAAAGGAAAAAGUACGAAGUAGUUGAUAAUAAAAAUGAUUUGGGAAUGUGUUGGACAAAGAGAUUUCAAAUGCAAGAAAGUACCACAAGAUUUAAGUUUUGCUUUUGUUUAACCCACACUACAUGUACAUGUACACUUAAGUUGCAUUGUUACAUUUAAUCAGGUUGCUUUCAUUUACACAUUGUUUUUGGUCAGGCGUUCAACAGCAUUAUGGCAUACAUGCAGUUUAAUAAUACUUUGGUAUAGUAACUUCAAAGUUAUGUUAGUGACGUGAGUAAAUUUUGUUGUUAGAAGUGUGCUUAAGGCUUUGAUAGAACUUGAAAAACUUGCAGAAUCUCUGCAGAUAUUGUAGCAAAUAUGAUUGCUUUUUUAUGCAGUAAUUUAACUGUGGAUGUGGUUCUUUAACGAAUGAAUAUAGAGGUUUUAAAGUGGUUAAUAUCAACUGUUUUUCCAGCGUGUUUACUUUGUAGUCUACAUUGUUUGUGGCGUGAAAUAAAAAGAAAUAAUAAAAUAGUCUUGAA